AAUGCUGAACAAAACCUCAACUAUAAACUAUAUAUUUCAAGAAGCUGCUGUCAUUCUGUGAAAGGGAGAGAAAAAUGCUGAAGAACAACGCACUUAGAGGAACAGAGAAUUUUGUUGUUAUUCAAAUAAGAGGGGCUACUGAAGAAGCAUCGCUUGAACAAACACCUCAAUCUCCUCCCAAGUUCAACAAUCUCUCUGCCAUGAAGCUCUUUCAACGCUUCCGCAAGAUCUUCAUGCGCCUUGUUUUCUCGGUACCUUCUCGCCGCUCCAAGGAUUCAAAGCACAAAGUUUCCGACCGCUUCGAACCGCCCAAGACUUCAUGCAGUUCUUACUAUUCCUCUUACUCGCAUUACAACGAGGCCAUUGCUGAUUGCAUCGAGUUUUUCAACAAGUCAGCACAAGAUGGCAUUUUCGACGGUCGAAAAUCCGAUGUUGUCUGACUCUCACAUUAUCCAACCUUUGAUUAAUGUUCUGUAACCGUGCUAUGUCGCCAUCACACCUCCUUCAUUAUA